AUGUCAUAUCCACAAGGUAAUUUGCAUUUAUACCGUGCCAUAAGCACGAUUUCCUUAUCAUUAUCGCUAUGCGGUAGUAUCAUGUACUACAAAAAUCCCAAUACGACACAUACACCAUUCACACCACACUUUUUAGUGUUAACUCUGUAUUGGUUUCUUAUCUACGUUAGACAAAUUGGAUUAACCAUUGCUUCAUUCAUAGCCAAUGAAAGACGUAUAUCUAUGAUUUAUGAUUCCGGGUGGCAUUUCCCAAUAUUUAAUAUCUUACACUAUGUCUGGACUAUGUUAUUUAUCAAUCAAUAUUUCAUAUUUGCAGAAUUAAUUCUCCUAUUGAAUUUGAUUAAUUUGUUAGAAAUGUUCUCCCGUCAGAAAACAUAUGGCCAUAAGUUCUUCUCCGAUAUGUUUUUACUCCAUGUUACUGUCUUAUCAUGUCCCUUAUCAUGGGUCGUCUUUGCCAUUAUGUGGAAUGGGUCACUUUUGUGUCCUUGUCCAGACAAUCAAUGGACAACGAUACUUGGUAAUAUCUCCAUUUGGGCAUUUUUGUCAUUUGGAUUAUUCUUUGUUUUGAAGUUUAAAGAUUGGACAACUGGGGCAGGUACUUCAUUGUUAAUGGCAGCUUUGGGGAUUGAUCAGUCUUCAACGAAGUUGUUUGGACCUCAAUGGAUUUUUGCGUUUGUAAUUUCUGGUGUUUUAGUUUCUGUGAGUGUAUUUACGGGUAUUAAGGGUAAGUCAACAUCGUCGCAAACUGAGCAUGAGCCAUUGCUACAAUCGAGGAGGAAUUAG